CUGUGAGGCAAUCUUCCCGCGAGAGCUGAGUGUCUGGCGAGGGGCUGCCUAUAAAUGUUGGACACACACGGUGCUGUCAAACCGCUUUGCGUGUCUUCUUGGCAGGCAGAGUGCAGGAAGAUGGCGGAGGAGCAGUCACAGUUGGAGCGCGACAUUGAGACCAUCAUCAACAUCUUCCACCAGUACUCUACGCGGCUGGGGGACCCAGACAAGCUCAACCAGAGAGAACUGAAACAGCUGGUGGAAAAAGAGCUGCGAAACUUUCUCAAGAAGCCAAAGAAGAAUGACAAUGCCAUAAAGAAGAUCAUGGAGGACCUGGACACAAAUGGAGACAAGGAGCUGAGCUUCGAGGAGUUCACCAUGCUGGUGGCCAGGCUCACAGUAGCCUCCCACGAGGAGAUGCACAAGAACGCCCCGGAAGGAGAAGGCCACAGCCAUGGGCCAGGCUUUGGGGAAGGUGGCCAUGGCCACGGCCACAGCCAUGGUGGCCACGGCCACAGCCACUAGUCGGGAGGCCAGGACACCCUUCCCCCGCCCAACUAGGGCCACAGGGUAGUCAUGCCAAACUGCCUUAGCUAGAAGGCUGGGAACAGGGAACAAAAUAAAGUCUUCCUCCAAGCCUGCA